GGAACAAUUCAAAGCAACUUCUAAGACACAUGCUAGUACUCUUAUUUUGAAGAUGGUGACUACUAAAUACGAUGGGAUAGCGGCAUUCGUGAGCACAUCAUGAUGAUGAACGACAUGGCCCGUAAGCUUAAGGGAUUAGACAUGGAGAUCAGUGAAGGUUUUCUGGUGCACUUCAUCAUGACUUCUCUUCCUGCAUCUUUUGAAGCUUUCAAGAUCAACUACAACACCCAGAAGGUCAAGUGGUCGAUGAAUGAGUUGAUUGCUAUGUGUGUACAAGAAGAAGAGCGUCUGAAGCUGGACAAACCGGAUGUGGCUUACCUCAUGACCGCUAAUCCAAAGAAGAGGAAGGGCAAUGUCGAUAAGAAGGAAUUUUCUAAAGUCCAGAAACGUGAUGCAAGUGCUUCUUCCAGCUCUAAGAACUCCAAAGGGAAGUCUUACUGCAAGUUCUGCCGCAAGGAAAGUCUUGGCAGUCUUUCUGUCUAUGUUCUUCCUUGCGGCAGAACUUGCAAAACCAAAGAUGCUCAUUUCCUUGAAGAUUUUGAGGUCAGUGGGAGCAGUGAAAACCCUUAUGAUGAAUUGCUAGAAGUACAAGACGUGGGGGGGGAAGACUUGUCGAUUACUUUACCUCAAAUUACUCCUCUUGUACUCAAUGCCAAUCCGCAGGACACUGCACCUCCUCCUAUUCCAAAUGUACCUGGAAAUGAAGACACCUCAAAUGAUCACCAUCAAGACAAUGCCGCCAAUGCUCAAUCCGAAAAUUUGCUCAGGAGAUCAUCUAGGUCUAAAAGGCCUACUAACUUUGAUGAUUAUGUUACCUACCUGACUGAUCGUCUUUACCUACGACCUUUCAAAUGACUAGGAUGGAGAAUAUUACUUCGAUCAUUAUGACUUACUUAGAGGAAGAAAACAAAUGUCAAGCUUCAAAAGAUUAGGGCCACCGGACAAAUAUCAAAUCGCCAAAUUAACAGUCCAGGUUUGGGGAAGAAGCUUCGGGUACCGGACGACUUGGGGAAGAAGUUCAGCGGCUUCAGUGCUUUAGCCUUGCACAUCUCAAUUCUCAAUCUGGGUUUGGGGAAGAAGGUUCCCACGCAAAUCGAAAAAUCGGCUGAAGCUUAGGCCGCCGGACAAACAUCUCAAUUCUCAUCUCAAUUACAGGACGAAAUAGGGUUUGUGU